UUGCAGUUCCAGACCGAAGAGGAAGAAGAUCAUGCUUUGGGCAGUGAAGUCGAAGAAAUCGCAUGUAUUGUGCAUGAUACAGGAGCUAUACAUUCAUAAACACAGUACAGUAUCAUGUGAUUAUUAUACUGUGUAUUUAUUGUAUUAGCCUGUGCAUUAGUCUGUAUAGAAGUUUUCUUGUUUAUGAUGAUUUGUCUGAUUUUUUUGCUCUGGUCAGCAUGAUCUGAGAAAAGGCUAUGGAAGAAGUGAGAAAUUGUUUAAGAGACUUCCCAAAAGAAGCUCGAGUUAUCAGCUCUACAAAUGACAAGAUACUACAAAUGACUGUACAUCUGACAGCAGUCAACAUUUAACUAGCUGUACCUGAAUGAUUCGGUACCAUAUCUGGAUGGGCCACCUUCCCCUCUGCAGUUCUUUCGGGACUGGAUCAACUCCAAUAAGCCCUGUAUUAUCCGCAAUGCCUUCAAUGACUGGCCUGCUUUGACUAAAUGGAACCCCACCUAUCUCAGGUUGUUGGCUCCAAGCUCAUCAGCGUUGCUGUUACACCAAACGGCUAUGCAGAUGCUGUUAACGGAGAUCGCUUUGUGAUGCCUGAAGAGCGCCAGAUGACUUUCUCAGCACUGCUGGACAUCAUAGAGGGCAGGAACAAGAGCAGUGGUGUGUUCUAUGUGCAGAAACAGUGCUCAAAUCUGACUGAGGAACUUCCAGAGCUCACAGCAGACGUACAGCAGGCUCACAUCCCCUGGAUGAGCGAGGCGCUGGGAAAGAUGCCUGAUGCUGUGAAUUUCUGGUUGGGAGAAGAGCAGGCAGUAACAUCUAUGCACAAAGACCACUAUGAGAACCUUUACUGUGUUAUCUCUGGAGAGAAGACUUUUAUUCUGCUCCCUCCCACUGAUCGACCCUUUAUACCAUAUGAACUAUACCAGCCUGCUACAUACAAACAGAAGCAAGAUGGCAGCUUUGAAAUAGUGGAUGAAGAGGAUUCAAAAAAAGUGCCUUGGAUUCCACUGGAUCCUCUAAAUCCAGACCUGGAGCGCUUUCCCUCCUACAGACAAGCCCGGCCACUGUGCUGUACAGUGAAAGCAGGAGAGAUGCUUUACCUCCCCUCACUCUGGUUCCAUCAUGUCCGCCAGUCUCAUGGAUGCAUAGCAGUGAAUUUCUGGUAUGAUAUGGAUUAUGAUAUCAAGUACAAUUACUUUCAACUGGUGGAAUCUCUAACUGGAGUUGUGGGGUCACUAUGAAGCUUUGACCUCUUUGAACGUCAACAUGUGAACAAUGUGGUACAAGGCAGGAAUACACUUUCAAUAGGACAAGACUGCAUCCCACAAACACCUAGGGCUAAUUUAAUGUCAACAAUUCAACUGAUGUUUUUGGGAGCUGUGAGGAAACUGGAGAUCCACACAGAUAUGAGGAGAACGUGCAAACCGACCCAUACACACAUGACCCCACCUACAGGAUCCUGGAGCUAUGAGAUGGCAACAAUAAUCACUGUACAUGAACUUCACUUCAGCUCCUAUUCCACUACACAAAGUGUUGAAUGUCUUGAAUGUUUAUUAUUAUUAUUAUUAUUAUUAUUAUUAUUAUUAUUAUUAUUAUUAAACACACCAAGAAGAAAUAGCGGCUUGAUGCACGACAAAAAAACAAACAGUUUCUGUGUAAUAAAUAGUUUUAUUAACUAGCACCUGACGUUGCUUUUCAGAUGACACUUAAGAUAUAUAAAAACAAGUAAUUUAGGACUAGUGCAGAGCGAACAAACAACUUUCAAAUGGUAAACAUGGUCUGAAAACAUUUUCAUUUAUGUUUAAUGCUAGCUUCUGUGAUUUCCUGCCUUACAGGAAAAGUGAACAGCGCAGGCAGCUAUAUAUAGUGCUGAAUAGCAAAGCAUUGGAUGAUUGUUCUUCAAGAAAGUCAGAUAUACAACCAUGCACUCUAGUUCAGGAUCCAGUGAGCUCUGAAGUCCACUUCUCUUCAUGCAUACAGUUUUGUCAUGCUAGCAGUAAAGUUACUUUUCUACCAUGUUUAGAUGCACUCAGUUCAGCUAGAUGAUGAAUAUGGUCACAUUUUUAACAAAUCGCUUCAUAAAAUAUAACUGCAUUCGUUUGUUCUAAUUUGUCUCAUGCACGCCGAAAUGUUCAUAGUGUUAACAGCAUUCGUAGUUAAAAGUCCUGAUAUUUCUGGGAUAGUUUUGUGGCUGGUUUAGGAUAAAAGUGAUCAUGUAUAUGAUUUGCUUUGGACAUCCUGUAACGUGUCUAUUGUACAAAAUUGGUUUAGGAAAUUUUUGUUAGCUGUACUGAGCACAUGCACCAUAUUCUGUAACAGUAUAAGAAAAGUCUGAACCAUAUACAGCAGACAGACAACAAGCACAAAUACAGUAUUCCUGUGGUAUCACAAGUAUUACUUGAGAAAACAAAGUGCUUUACUGUACAUCAGUGUUAGCUUUAAGAAAAGGGAUAGAAACCUGAAUAUGAACUAGUUAAAUUACACAUUUAUGAAAAGCAUCAUUAGGUUUAAUCCAAACGAAAGGAACUAGGGCAAGUCAAAUGUAAAUUCCUUGGUGUUCAUUUUCAAUUUUGCUCAGCUGAUGAGUUUGUGUGCAACAUUCCCUUUGCAAUUCUGUCCGGUUUCUAUGGCAGUAAGGGAGUCUGAUCUAUCGGAAUGUGUUUUACACUGCAUCCCAUCAGCAAUGACAGCAAAUGUUUUGAAUUAUAAAUAUCAGAUUUUUGCUGGUUAGAAAAUAAGGCACCUAAUCUCCUUAGACAUCGAAAGUGUUUCAGUAAUACAAAAAUGUACAAAAUUGACAAGGUUCAUGCAUGAGAUUAGGAUGCUGAUGUUCCAGAUCCUCUCCUCUGGAACUGUACUGAUGUUAAGCGUAUCCUGUAUAAACACACAUUCACUGUACAACACACUAUCUGGAGUGUAACCCCUGUUAACCUAUUAACCUAUGGCGUUAGAAUAAAUACAGUCACACAUCUGCAACGACACAUACAUAAUAAAAAAGCACUCCUUGGUAAAAGAUUUAAAUGAGCAAACAUCUGGAUUAUCUUUGAAAGAUGUAGAAAGAGAGAAAGUUCUGAAAAAAAGUUCACAUUUUCUUGAGGGUCAACAAAACAAGUUCAUCUCCAUCUCGGUGAUAGCCAAACUGGAGCUGUGCGAGUCCGUUUCUCAUUUAUACACUGUUACAAGCCAUUCAAUGCUCAGAUUUCAUCGCCAAUAAAGUCCAUUUACUCAGUUAUUUAGUCAGUCAUUGCACUGAUGCACAAAUAUUCAGAUACAGUAUACCAAUUACAGGUAAAAGGGCACCUUAUUUGGCAAUGAGGUGAAGUGUAGACUAUACAAUUGCUGUAAUAACACGCUAAAAAAGGGAGGUAGGCCGAUGAGAUUACAGUCUAUAGUGCAAUUUGGCCAUGCCUGUCACACUGAGUCUGUUCAUCUGUGCUG